AGGGCGCGCGCCUGCUUCGUGGAGAUGCGCGAGCGGGGGGACAGGCCCAACACGAUGAGCUACAACCUCCUGCUCAACUUGUACGCCCGGACAGCCGACGUCGAGGGCGCGGUGCGGUGCAUCGAGGAGAUGCGCCAAGACGGCGUCUCCGCCGACAAGGUCAGCUACAACACCAUCAUCAAGGCCUUCACGCGCAGCGGUCACGUGGACGGCGCGGAGCGCUGGUUCGAGGCGAUGGUCAAGGCCGGCCUGGAGCCAGACGUCGUGACCUUCAACGCCAUCAUCGGCACCUGCGCCAGGGCCAAGGAGGCGGCCCGCGCGGAGCGGUGGUUGCGCUACAUGAUCAGCGAGGGAGUCGUCCAGCCCGACACGGUCAGCUACACCACGACCAUCGACGCCUGCCUGCGCGUGGGCGACACCACGAGGGCCAACGCGUGGCUGCUCGCGAUGGAGAAGGCAGGCCUCCAGGCCAGCGCCAAGAUCUACGGUACGCUGGUGCACGCGCUUGUCAAGUGCGGCCAUGUGUCGGGCAUCGAGGACCUGCUCAAGAGGAUGCAGGACGCCGGCGUGGCCCCGACGAACUCCGUGUACAACUGCCUGAUCGGCGCCUGCGCCAAGCAGGGGGACACUGCCAGGGCCGAGCGGUGGCUCGAGCAGAUGCUCGAGACGGGCAUCGAGGCCGACGUGAUCAGCUACUCCACGCUGAUCCACGCGUGCGCCAAGAGCAGCGACCUCCGCCGUGCCGAGGGGUGGAUGGCGCGCAUGCAGGAGGCGGGCGUGCUGGGCAACGUGGUCACGUACAACUGCCUGAUCAACGCCUGCGCGCGCGCGGGGGACGGCCCGCGCGCGGAGGAGUGGCUGAGCAGGAUGCAGGACGUGGGUCUCCACCCGUGCGUGCUCACUUACAACUCGGUCAUCAAUGCGUGUGCCAAGGCUGGCGACGUCGCCCGUGCCGAGAAGUGGCUGACAGAGAUGAAGAAGCGGGGCGUCCAGCCCGACAGCGUGAGCUACAGCACGGUGAUCCACGGGUGCGUGAAGUCCCACGAGCUGCCGCGCUCUGAGGGCUGGCUCGCCGCCAUGCGGGCCGCCGGGGAGCCUCCCAGCCAGUUCUGCUACGACACCGUGAUCCAGGCCUGCACACACUCCGGCCACACCGCGAAGGCGGAGCGCUGGCUGGACGAGGCGCUGAGCGCCGGCCUGACCCCGUGCCCGGGCUCCUUCACGACCCUGAUCAAUCGGUGCUCUCGCGCUGGCGAGCUCGACAAGGCCGAGAAGUGGCUCCUCCGCAUGGAGGAGGCCGGCCUCGACGCCGCGGCCCCCUGCCAGGCGGUGGCCGCGGCGUGGUCGCGGCAGGGCUGCGAGGCGCGCGGCGCCCGCCUGCUGGAACGCUCCGCCAAGGUCCACUGAGGAGGGCCGCCGCCUCUUCCUCGUCCUCCUCCUCCUACUCCUCCCCCUCCUCCUCCUCCUCCUCC